AUGUCUACAACAACAGCAACCGCCAUUGACACACAGCCAACGGUGCUUCGCGCCGAGCAAAUUGAUACACCUAGCGCAGAGAGCGACCGUGCCUUCCAGGCACUUGCUCGAGGUGACCGGCAAGGUGUGCUGAAGCUCCGAGGUAUCCCUACCUUCACCGAUUUGCAUGCAAAGCGGCAAUGGAUCCGUCAACACAUGGCGGCGGUGUUUCGCUUUUUUGGAAAGCAAGGAUGGGGAGAAGGGGUGUCCGGGCAUAUCUCUGUACGAGACCCCAUCGUAUCGGACCACUUUUGGAUGAACCCAUUCGCGACGCAUUUCAGCCUGAUCAAAGCAUCUGAUCUGGUCCUGGUUGACAGUCGUGGAUACGUGGUGGAAGGUGGUAACCAGGCUAUGAUCAACGAGGCGGGCUUUAUGAUCCAUUCUGAAGUCCACCGUGCGCGACCGGAGGUUAUGGCUGUGGCCCACACUCACAGUAUUUACGGAAAGACGUGGAGUAGCUUCGGUAAGCCGAUUGAGAUGCUCACACAAGAUGCGUGCAACUUCUAUGGUAAGCUCAGUGUGUAUGAGGACCAUGGGGGAAUUGCCCUUGCCGAAGACGAAGGGAGGGCUAUCGCGAACGCCCUUGGAAAGACAAGUAUGGCUGCAAUCCUGCAGAACCACGGUCUGAUUACGCUUGGCUCUACGGUUGAUGAGGCAGGAUUCCUUUUCUACAGCUUGGAAAAGGCCUGUCACUCUCAGUUGCUAGCAGAGGCUGCCGCUGCCAAUGGAAUUCCCAAGAAGAUCAUUCCCCAUGAUGUCGCUCAAUUCACGGCUGACUCCGUUCAAACCCCGAACAAUUUUUAUCUGGAGUUCCAGCCCGAAUUUGACUUGGUGGUUGCAGAGUCUAAGGGAGAGGUGCUUGAGUGA